AUGUCUAUGCUGACGAAAAACGUAUUCGUGAUCGGCGUGCUACUGGCAUUCGGAAUAGCAUGGCACAUUGCCCAGUUCAAUCUUGCUCUCAUGGCGGUGGUCUUAAUCGCCACAUUGUUCAUCUAUAACGAGUGCAACAUUAUAUACCUCGAAGCCCUCGGAAAGCCGAUAGUCGUCCUCAACUCUGCAACAGCGGUGUAUGACUUGCUAGAUAAACGUUCCUCGAUCUAUUCCGACCGACCGCCCUUGAUGCUCGUCCUGCGGCCGUAUGGCGAUGUGUUUAAAGCCCAGCGCAAACUAGUGGCGCAUGAUUUCAGCCAGUCGGUCAUACCUAACUAUUAUUCUAUUCAAGAACUCGAGGCGCGAAAGCUAGUCUUCGGCAUCCUGAAUGAUCCUACUUCGCUAGUCAGCCAGAUUGAACAUAGGGUGGCUUCCAUCAUAUUACGGGUUACAUAUGGAUACACUGUGAAGGAGGAAGAUGUUCCCAUGAUGACUACAGCGUUGGCAGCUCACCACAACUUCAGCAAUGCAGCAAUGCCAGGAACGCGGCUUGUAGACGCCAUCCCGUGUCUGCAAUAUCUACCUAGCUGGGCACCUGGUGCUAAGUUUCUGCGAACAGCAUCAGAAUGGCGAGAGACCGUCCGUCAGGCAUCGUGGAACCCAUAUUUAUGGUGUAAGGAGAACUUGGACAACGGAAUCGCGAGCACACCUAAUCUCUGCGCUACGACGGUCAUAGAGAAGGGUGGGCAACUUACUCACGAUGAGGAAGUCGCUCUCGUUUCCGCUGCGCUCACAGUAUUAGGAGGUGCAUUGGAGACGAAUUUGCAAAAGCGCAGAAGGAAAUUGACGCCGUUAUGGGGAACGAUAUGGCUUCCCACAAUUACCGACAAAGAAUGCUUGCCCUAUAUCAGAAGCCUGAUUGCCGAAAUGUACAGAUGGGCACCUGCUCUACCUUUAAGUCUUCCUCAUGCCCUUCGGCAAGAUGAUUCUUACGAAGGUUUUCACAUCCCGAGAGGCUCCGCAGUCAUAGCGAAUGUCUGGCAUAUGCUACGGGACCCUGACGUCUAUGCUAAUCCUACGGAGUUCAGACCUGAACGUUAUGGUGGAGAUGAAGUUGCGAUACGCAAGGUCACCGACCUCACCUUUGGAUUCGGAAGAAGAGCAUGCCCUGGUCUCGCCUUUGCCGAAGGGAGCAUGUUCGCCAUAAUGUCGACCAUAUUGGCAACGUGCGAUAUCAUUUCCGCCAAAGAUUCUCAAGGCAAGGACAUUAUACCUCAGCUGAAGUACACGGGAGAUGUCAUUAUACUUCCCGAGAAUGUGCAAUGCGAUAUCAGGCCUCGUUCUGCUCGAUCCCGUACAUUACUGUCGGAGGCCCUGAUUCUCUGA